AUGCCUGUCUACGGAUGUCUCUUUCCGGUUCCCGUUCCCGUUCCCGUCAAACUAGUUUACGAGUUUUCAACCACCACGUCAAGUCUUCCAUCGACACAUAAUUUGCAAAGGGCUGGACAGCAAUAUUCAAGACAGCAGUCCCCUUCUCGCAAGAACGCACAUCUAGAAAAGAUGCUAUUUCCCCAAGAUCAAACAACCAUUUCCUUCCCCAAUCAGCAAUCCUCCUGGCAUCAAAAUCGAGAAUCGUCAAUUAAAGCGAAAACGGUCACAAAACGAAGCCACAACCCCUUCUAUUAUUCCUUUUGA